ACUUCAAAGAUUCUGCCAUGUCCGUCUAUGAUAUGGCUUUGAACUCUUGAGUUUGGCUCUUUAUUCCUCCUCGUCUAUGCUUUUCCCAAUUAGGGUUUUUGAUUUCUUCCCCAAACUAAAUCCCAAUUCGAUUUCCCCCGAAAGGCGUCCUCAACCUACUGAUUCUCAUCUCUCUCUUGCAAUUGAACUAGAUCCGGUGCUUUUCUCGAUGUAAUUGAACCACAAUCGAAUCGUAACAUCGGCGGGAGAAUCCCGUCGCGUGAAAGUGUCCGCAAAGCAGCUUACGUACAUCUCCAGUCGCAGUCGACACUUUAUCCUCGCAUUUUUUGCUCUACUUUGUAUGUUCAUCUCGCUUUCUAGGGUUUAUUUUGAAUUUUGGGGGUCACGAAGCCAACAGGGGGUGAGUGGUUUCGUGAAUUUAUGGAGGCGAAACAUGGUUUUGUGAAUUGAAUUGGUUAUUUUGGCGUUUAUUGGAUCUAAACCCCCCAAAUGUUGUUGGAAUCUUGGAAUCUGAACAUGAAAACUGGAGGUGAAGGUGAAGCGGAAGGGAAGGGUGAGGAGAAGUGCAAUUCAGUUAUUCAAACUGCUGCUAGUCAUUUUGGUUCAGAAAUAUCGCGAAUUGCAGUGGCUCAAAUAUGCAAUAGCGUAGGGUUCGAAGGAUUCAAUAAAUCUGCUCUCGAAUCUCUUUCUGACAUUGCAAUUAGGUGCAUUUCUGACCUAGGUAAAACCUCGAAAUUUAUUGCAAAUUUAGCCGGUAGGACAGAGUGCAACGUGUUUGAUGUUGUACAAGGAUUGGAAGAUUUAGGCUUGCAACAAAGGCAUUCGAAUGAUUCGGGAAUUCGAACCGGCUGUGUAAUUGGUUCCAGUGCUGUAAGAGAGCUUAAGGAAUUUGUCGAAACUGCCGAGGAAGUACCAUUUGCUCAGCCAUUGCCUCGAUUUCCUGUUAUCAGGGAACCUAGAACGAUUCCAAGUUUCUUGCAAAUGGAUGAGACGCCUAGUUCGAAGCACAUUCCAGAUUGGUUGCCUGCAUUUCCCGACCCCCACACAUAUAUAAAAACACCUGUCUGGAACGAGAGGGUUUCUGAUCCUCGAACGGACAAGAUCGAGCUAGCAAGGCAGCAUAGGAAGGCUGAGAGGUCCUUGUUAAAUUUGCAGCAGCGGCUGCUGUCUAUUGAAUCAAACGAUGAGUCGGAUGACGGCGGAAACUGGCCGCAAAUAGAUGUGACAACGAGCCCGUUUCGGGCUGAGAAAGAAAAAUCUUCGGUUAAGCUUCCGGUCAAGGUUGAUGCACAGACGGAAAAGCAUGUUUCUUUGUUGGAGACUUUUGCUCCCGCCAUUGAAGCAAUGAAGGACGGGCUUGAUUCUGGUAGUGACGGGGAGAGAGCUAUGCCGAAAAAGAGGACUUUUACUUAUUUGGAGUUCAAGAGUGGUAAAAAGGUGUUUGGAGAGCCGUUGGAUUUGAGAAUUCGGAACAGGGCUUCCGGAAGGACUAUGGCUUGGUUUGGGCGCGAAGAAGAAAAGGAUGAUAAAAAGAGGAGGGUUGAGUUUAUUCUACGGCAAUCUUUGGAAAACCAGCAAGAGCUUCCUCAGUUGUAAAAUGUUUCCAAUAUUCGACAUUAGCCCUUCUCUAUGCGUGCAGAUGAGUUGUUAAUUGGCUAAAUGCUAUGUAGGCAUCAUGGGGGACUCUAAUAUGUUGUUGGUAAGAUGAUUCUGUUGAAUUUCUGAUCAACGGUAGCAAUUCUUUGUUAAUUUUUCUUGUUUCUGGUCUGUGUUGGGAAAUUCCUAUGCUAUUGAUGGAUUGCAUUAAAAUACUGCUAAAAUGUCAGUUACGCUCUAUAUAUGCUAGGAAUCAGAUUAAUUAUGUAUGUUUAGGGGUUCUUUCUGAUUCGGUAAUCUCUGGGCAUCUAUGGAAUGAGUUAGAGCUUCGUUCAGGGAUGUUCUUCUUCUCAAUUUUGCUGGAUUUAUUUUAUUUGUGACAUGAUUCUUCAACUCCCAAUUUGAAUUAGGGAUGGUGAUUCGAUUUUGUUUUACCAAUUCAAAAUAUCCAAUAGUAUAUGCGAGUUGGGCUUCUCUCCUAAAUGAGUACUUUGUUCUAUUUGUUUCAAUACGGCUGUAGCUUAAGAAGUAGAACUUGGAUGAUUGAGUAAUUAUUUUCUUGCAGAUUUUAUGGGUUAUUUAUCUUUCGACUCAUUGAUUUGUACUGUUGGACACAGCUGCUUAUACUUGUGUCAUUACGUUUAUCUACUCUAUUUUUUCGACUUGCAUUUUGCUAUCGUGAGAUACGUCAAGCAACUAAAACUGUUGAAUGAAGUACGAGAUCUUGGAAUGACAUGGCGUUUUGUAACAUUUGUUUAAUGAUAAAUACCUAGAAUUGGAGUGCCGGAUUUCGUUAGACUCUGAUCUAUGCCUUGCCCCUGAAUCCGGCAUCUUGGCCUGAUUUUCUUGGAAAUGAGGUAAAAAACUAACAAGACAAUGAACAGCUCGGAUUCGCCAAGAGGAAAAAAACAUUUUUUGCUGCUAUAUGCGAAGUUGGAUAGAUAUUUCGAGAAAAGAACUAAACAUAUCCCAAGAAAGAUCAAAGAUCAGGUCACGCAUUAUUAUCAUCGUUCGUGAGGGGAAUGAAGAAAUUUUUUGGUCCCAAUUCAAUUUUACGAUGGUACGUAUGAGCUUUUACACUUCAGGAAUUCUACAUUAAUGACUAGUUAGACCGGGAAAAUUAUGCUUAUAUAGUUCGGCAUAUAAAUUAAAAAAUAAUAAUAUUUUAACGUAAAAAUAGACUCAUGUGGAGGUAUGAUGGGAAAUUUAUUCCGAAAUUUGUUUUAAUUGAUAGUGUAUGUGUGAUGUAAUGACAUUGAUAAAGUUAUUAUUUGCCGAAGUGGAUGGAGAAAAGUAAUUGAUCGAAAAAUUUAAAUAAAAGUAAGCAUAAGUUUGGCGGAUAAA